GUCGAGGAGCAGCCGAUCAAAGAAAUCAAUCUGUACAUGUACCUGUAUUUCGUCAUCUUCAUCAUUUUCGGCUCCUUCUUCACCCUCAACCUCUUCAUCGGCGUCAUCAUUGACAACUUCAACCAGCAGAAACGGAAGCUAGGAGGGCAGGACAUCUUCAUGACAGAGGAGCAGAAGAAAUAUUACAACGCCAUGAAGAAACUGGGCUCCAAGAAACCUCAGAAACCCAUCCCCCGACCUCUGAACCCGCUGCAGGGCUUCUUCUUCGACCUGGUGGGGAAGCAGGCGUUCGACAUCAUCAUCAUGGUGCUGAUCCUCUUCAACAUGAUCACCAUGAUGGUGGAGACGGACGAGCAGUCGCCGCAGAUGGAGUACAUCCUGAACAAGGUCAACCUGGCCUUCAUCAUCGUCUUCACCGCCGAGUGCCUCACCAAGAUCAUGGCGCUGCGGUGUUACUUCUUCACCGUCGGCUGGAACAUCUUCGACUUCGUGGUCGUCAUCCUCUCCAUCGUCGGCAUCGUGCUCGCUGACAUCAUCGAGAUGUACUUUGUGUCACCGACCCUCUUCCGAGUGAUACGAUUGGCUCGUAUUGGACGUAUCCUGCGUCUCAUCAGAGGAGCAAAGGGCAUCCGGACAUUACUGUUCGCCCUCAUGAUGUCUCUUCCUGCUCUUUUCAACAUCGGGCUCCUCCUGUUCCUGGUCAUGUUCAUCUACGCCAUCUUCGGCAUGGCCAACUUCGCCUAUGUGAAGCGGCAGGCGGGAAUCGAUGACAUGUUUAACUUUGAGACGUUCGGGAACAGUAUGAUCUGCUUGUUCCAGAUCACCACCUCCGCCGGGUGGGACAGUCUGCUCAGCCCCAUCCUCAACAACUCCCCUGAGGAGUGCAAUCCCCACAUCCCCCACACCGGCACCACGGUCAAGGGGAACUGUGGGAACCCGUCUGUGGGCAUCACCUUCUUCGUCACUUACAUCAUCAUCUCCUUCCUCAUCGUGGUGAACAUGUACAUCGCCAUCAUCCUGGAGAACUUCAGCGUGGCCACAGAGGAGAGCACGGAGCCACUGAGCGAGGACGACUUCGAGAUGUUCUAUGAGGUUUGGGAGAAAUUCGACCCGGAGGCGACACAGUUCAUCGAGUACGCCAAACUGUCCGACUUUGCCGACUCGCUGUCGGAGCCGCUGCGCAUCAGCAAACCCAACAAGAUCAAGCUUAUCUCCAUGGACCUACCCAUGGUCAGUGGGGAUAAGAUCCACUGCCUGGACAUCCUCUUCGCCUUCACCAAGCGAGUCCUGGGUGAGUCGGGCGAGAUGGACGCCCUCAAGCAGCAGAUGGAGGAGAAGUUCAUGAUGGCCAACCCUUCCAAGAUCUCCUAUGAGCCAAUCACAACAACUCUGAGGCGGAAACAGGAAGACGUCUCCGCCACCGUGAUCCAGAGGUGCUACCGCAGACACUUGGUGAGGCGGCAGAUGAAGGCCGCCUCCUACUUGUACCGUCAGAUCACAACACCUCGACAUGCAGGCGCCGUCUGUGAAGAAGGUGGCGAGGGAGUAUUUGGGGAAGACGCACCUGAGAAGGAAGGGCUGAUCGCCGCCAUGAUGAGGGAAAACUACGGCUCAAGUUUGUUAGGGAUGGAGCACUCGGAGACGAUUUCCUCCACCUCCUCUCCGCCAUCUUACGACAGCGUGACGCGAGCCACGUCCGAAAUAUUUCAUCCGCUUGUUGUCAACACAGGAACCGUUGUUGUUGACACUGCAGGCGGCGAACCGAGCGAACAGUCGCCAGCUGUGGUCGACCCGGACAAGCGGCAGGAAGCGGUUCCAUAGCCGGAACCGAAAAAGCAAAAAAGUAUCAGACGUGGAUUUUCUCGUUCGGGUGAAUUCUGUUUGUUCUGUCGUUUGCUGAAUGUACCACAGCGGGGGAACGCUGAAGAGGCGCCACACGGAAGCUGCGAGGAACCGCAGGAGUCGAGCGAAAGAGCAAACAAAGUGGAAUAUUUCCGAGCGUGUUAUUUCCGGUUCCCUGCGGAGAUUCCUGGACCCGAGGGCGAGUUUCUUCACAGGGAAACAGACAAACUGCAGAGGAGCUGGAGUAAGAGACCGAAGCGUAGAGAAGAACCACCUCUGGAUCCCUUUGACCUUUUGGGUCUCUCGUGUUUUCAGGACAUUGACUGACCUUUGACCUCAGCUACACGGGUCAGAGCAACUAUAUCACAGAUGUAUCCAUCAUUUAUUGGCCUGGGGGGGUUGUGCCUCCCCACAGAUGAUCCAUAUGCUCAGAGUUAGCCCGGCUGUACGAGCGUUCCCGGCGGUGUUUCCCAACACGUUAACGCUCGGCGGUUUUCUGACCGAGACUCGAGAGAGGAGGGAAAACAAUGAACGUAAUUUUAAAAAUGUUUUCGUAGUAAAAGUAUAACUUUGUUGAUGUUACCAGUCUUUUAAUAGCGGUACGAUUAUUACUAUUUUUUAUAUUUUUUAGAGUAAGUUGAAGAAAACAAUACGCAGUCUCCCUCUUUUGACUUCGGAGCGGCGCUGGCUGUGAAAAAGUGACUGAAGAACCACGUUGUAAUAGACGAGAGAAGAGAAGGAAAAAAAAAUCUCAGAGACCUGAGAAGCAACUUUUUCUUUUAGAAGUUUUGCACUUUUGAGUUUGCGUCACUUUAACACAUCUGGAUCACGUCACAUCGGAUCGGAGCCGGGGAUGUUUUUAUUUCUUUCUUCUGAAAACACCAAAAUUCUAAAAGUGCACGUUGAGAUUUCUCGUAAAAAAUUUGACUUUAGUCUCAUGAAAUGACAUCUUUGUUGUGUCACAGCUUUUCAUCGUCAUAAAAUUAUAACUUGAUUCUCAUAAAACUACAACUUAGGUCUUUUAAAGUUUGAUGAUGAUGUCACUGUAUUAACGAUACGUCACCAUUUUCUUUGGACAAAUCGCCCAACGCCAACUCUCCGUUUGGCUCCGCCCACAUAAGAUUGUAAGUUCUGUGUGUUGUGAACGACCCCCGACCAGAGUGCGACAAUCAACUCAGCACACGAGCGUCACGAUUUCAGUUCUCACUCAUCCUUCGAUCAGCGUCCUGGACACGAACCGACGCUUCUUGUUUCAAGAACAUUUGAGAUUCUUCACGUCUGAAGCGAUUUAUUUAUAACUUCAUGAAAACUUUUAUCAAACAAAGUGGACGAAGUGCUGCGACACGUUUCAGAGGCCGAAGAGUCCACGUUUGUAAUAAAUCAGACGCUGACACUGAAAACUUUUUCUCGUGACAGUUUGAAAAGCCGAGCCGGUCGUUUCCAGGACACCGACGCUUCUUCACUUCCUGUUUUCACCUCAUGAUGUGAAGAGUUUCAUUUUAAAACAAUCUGAUGCAUGAUUUGACCAAAGUUACUUUUCUGGUGCAAAAGAUAUAAAAGAAAAAUAAAAGAAAACAUAAAACAUCUGGAGUUUAAAAAGAAACUCUUCAAACCACAUCACAGUUUUAUUUAUGUAUUUAUUUAUUUAUUUAUUUAUUCGAUGAUCGAGUUCUUCUGGUCGACGGCUUUAUGAGCUUUUUUAUUCUAUUGUAGGGUCGACCUCACCCUCACCCUCACCCUGAUCCUGAU